CAUCAGGCACCUAGGCGCUGUCAAAAUGAAUGACAAUGCUACUUUGGCUACUCCAGCACCAAGCCAGGGUCCCACUACCCCCCACAAAGGACCCCCCAAGUUCAAGCAGAGCACUCGCCAAUUCAAGAGCAAGCCUCCGAAGAAAGGUGUGAAAGGGUUUGGAGAUGACAUCCCAGGCAUGGAGGGGCUGGGAACAGAUAUCACGGUGAUCUGCCCUUGGGAGGCUUUCAGCCAUCUGGAGCUGCAUGAACUCGCUCAGUUUGGGAUCAUCUAAGGCACCAGAGGCUCCGCCACUCUCACUCAUGGGUGUCUGCUCUAAAUUUACUUUGCCCUACUGAUCUGCAGAAUCUGGAUAUUUAGUAUUCAUAGGUAGUUUUGGGGCUUAUGUGGGCCUUUCUGAUCAGUUACUAUUGAAUUCUCUUAGCAUCAGAAUCACUCUUGCAGUAUGACUUAGCAUGGAAUAGUUACAGGAAAUCUACAUUUGUUGGGGCAUUUCGGGUUUUAUCCCUUUUCCUAUCAGCUGCUCAGAAAUCAUCAAUA